AUGGAAGCAGCAGAUGACUUUGACGACAUCAUUCUGUCCUCGGACAGCACCGCAGAUGAAGUGGACUCCGCAGGAUCCCAAGAGUCUGUGCUCAUUGGCCAGCUUACAUCUUGUAAAGGAUUUAUAAGCAUGGUAAAGCAUCAGAAUGCACUGCAGGAAUAUGAGUGGGCCAUCCAGAGAGAGACUACUCAUAGCCCCAACCUGUCACACAAGUUGUCCCAGUUAAAGGUGGAGAAUGAGAAGUUGAGACAGAUCUUCAAAGACACAUGUGACAUUAGGUCUGCCUUGGAGCUCCAAAAGCUGGAGCUAGAGACUGACCUGAAAAACCUCAUGUUUACUCUGAAGCACGAGCAAGAGAAGCAUUGUGACACUACCAUGCUCUACAACAAGACCUGUGAGCAACUGAAGGCUAUGGAGACACAGUAUCAUGCAGAAAUGGAGGAGAGGCAGAAAGUGGAGCUCAUGAUGAAGAACCUGGAGCUGGAAAUGAAGAUGCUUGAUGGCAGCAUGAAGCAGGCCAUGUCCCAGGUUACACAGGCAAAUGAUCGUGAAAAGGACCUCCUGCAUGAGAACCGCAAACUCCAGGAGCAGGUGAUCUCACUCAAGUUGGAGCUGGACUUGAGUCGCACUCGCAGUCAGCAGGAUGAGAACUGGUUCUCUACCCUCAGGGAAAAGCUAGACGAUACCAGGAAAGAACUAAAGCUCAAAGAAGAGUUGUUGGGGGAAACAAUCAUUCAGUACAAUGAGCAGCUCAGUGCCCUCAGGGCUGAGUGCACUCUGGGCAUAGCCAAAUUGGAGCAUGAGAAGCAGGCCCGGGAGGAGCUGGAGCUGGAGGCUGAGACAGCACGGGCCCGGCUAGCAGCCACCUUGCAGGAACUGGAGCGCAGCCAUGUGGCACACGCUGACUUGCAGCGGGCACUGCAACGAGAGCGAGAUGAUGAUCAGCGGGCCCGGGAGAAGCUAGAGAUGGAGGAGGCUAGCCAGCGAGAAUCAAUCCACAGCCUCUCUCAGCAACUGGGUGCCGCAAAAGCCUGGGUCAGCAGCUUAGAGCAGGAGCUUCACCAUACCAAGCUCUCCCUCAGUGAGAAAAGCCUGAUGUUGGAGACAGUACAGAAGGAGCACAGCCAAACCCAGGCUCGGCUUGCACAGCUGGAAUCUAUCCUCAAGGCCAGACGGGAACAAGCUGAGCGGGCCACAGCGCGGCAGAAGGUCACUGAGGAGCAUUUGGCACAAGCACAUCAAGAGGUGGCACUCCUCCGCCAGCAGCUGCAGGAAUCCCAAAGCACUCAAGGACAUUGCAGUGAGCUGCUGGCAAAGCUGCGUGCUGACUGUGAGAAAAGGGUGACAGUGGCAGAAGACAAGACUAAGGAGCUGCUGGUCAAGAGUGCAGAACUCCAGGAAAAGCUCAAAAGGCGGGAGAAGGAGAAAGAGGAGGAAGAGACUGCUGUAAGGCAGCUGAAACAGGAGCUAGCUGACAUGCUCAAGAAAUUAUCGGCAUGUGAGGCAUUGCUUGAAGUCAACCAGCAGCAUCAGGCUGAUUUUGAAGAGGAAAAAAAACGCCUGCUGUGGGAUGUUGAAAGGUUAAAAGGAAAGCUGCAGGACAGUGAGGAACAGUAUGUUGAGGCUGAACGUCUCAUUCGUGAUCUGAGGGAUGCCCUGGACAGCAAGGAGUGCAAUGUUAUCACCACUUCUCAAAAGCUCCAGGAAGUCCUGUCGGCCUCAGCGGGUACAGAUAAGACUGUGAAGCAGCUGGAGGAGGCCGUGCAGCAGCUGGAAAGUGAGAACACCAGGCUGGAGACCCUCACUAAGCAGCAGACUCACAGCAUUGAAGCGCUACAGAAAGGAGCACUGGAGGCAGCAGCGGUGAAGAAUCACUUGGAGGAUCUGGUCACAAACCUACAAGGCAGCAAGAUGAACCUGGAAGAUCAGCUGAAUCAAGAGCUGCUGAAGAAGAACAUGCUGUCGCAAAAUGUCGAGGACUCCCAUCAAUUGUGGGAAGAGGAGCUAAAGAUUAGAUCCAAGCUGAGUCUGAGUUUGGUAACGCUGGAGAAGGAGAAUAAGGAGCUGUCCACACAGUUGGAAGUUGAAAAGAAGAAAGUUAAGAAGAUAUCAGACCAGAAGAGAUCAGUAUAUAUAAGGCUAGAGCAAGAGAUGAAAAGAAACACUGAUUUACAGAAGGAAACAUGCAGGAUGAAGACCUUGGUAAAAUUGGCAAAAAAAAAAUUAAUGGAGCAAGGGAAAGCAGAAUCUGGUCUACAGUCUGACAGCCUGCAAGAGAAGAUGAAACACAGACAGGCAGAAGCCGAUGUUGAUAGGAUCAAGUCCAAACUGCAGGAGCUCUCCUCACACCUGGACAAUGAGGCAGCAACAUGCAAGAGGUUGGUGACGGUAAACCAGGACCUAAAGGAAAAGCUCUUGUCUUUCAAAGACUUGGCCAAAAGUCACGAACAGCUGAAGAGGAGCAAGAGGCAGCUGGAAGAAGAGGUAGCAGGCUUGCGGCGGCAAAUUCAGUCUGGUGUGAUGGAUCGCAGUCAGGCUGAACUGUACCGCAGGGAGAUAGAGGAACGAGUGCUUCGGGAAGUUCGGCAGAAGUUGGAGGAAGUCAGCCUCUGCUUGCAGAACCAGGCUGCUUCACAUGAUGCACAAGAGCAGAUGAAAGCAUCGAAUGAGGCUAGUGUAUGGACCCAGAUGGAGCAGCGCCUUCAGGAGAUGGAGAAUGAGCUGGGUAGACUCCGCAGCAACCAUCUGGAUAGUUUGUCCCAGAGGGACUCCAUGCAGGCCGAAUUGGAUCACUUCCGCAAGCUCUACAGCAAGGAGCACAAGCUGCGCAAGAGCCUGACUGCGAAGAUGGAAAGGUCUUAUGAUCAUCUGGCAAGGAUCCACAACAGGUUGCCAGCUGAGUGCCAGCGGAAGUCCCUCAUUUCCAGCAGAGUUGCCAGAGGAAGUCUGAAUGGUCCCCAUGUCCCACUUCAGCCCCUCAGUUUUGUCACGGCAUGCGGAGCUACACUUGGUUUUCCCAACAACAACUUGGCCUUGGCUAACAGAUUUGUCAGCCCAACUGGGGACAUACAAAACUGCAAGGUGGAGACCUAUAUAGUCAAGAUGCAAAAUGAUUUGGAUAAAAAAGUAUCAAAAAAACUGGAUCAUGUGUUGUUAGACAAGGAUGAAUCACCCUGCAUAUCCCCGCUGGGCUUAGUGACCAGCUCCCAAAAGAGCCUCACUGGUGAGCAGGAAGCUAUAGACUACCGGAGGAUUGUCGGGGACAUGGAGCCCAUCAAGAGCCGGUGCACCCCCAGCGAGGGAGAGCACCUCCUGCAUGGGCUGCCUAUCCAUGGAUAUCUCCAUGGGCACAAGACUGCUGCCCAGCGCUACAGCGCCACCCGCAGACAGGCAGGCUAUGAACCAGAGAGGUGA